UCAUGUAGCAUGCUCGUCUUCAGGAAUCAGCUCUCCGGCUAGCUAGCUAGCUUGAUGCUAAUCUGCCGCCUGCCCAUUUCUGCGGUUCUGCUGGCACCAGCUCCCACCACUGCACGAGCCUCUUACUCUGACUGCGCAAUCUUGUGCACCUCUGCGUUAAAAUUCCGCCAAAAAAAGCAGCUCGCAUCGUGCAGGGGCACAAAUGCCUGAGUAGUCGCACAUGAGCAGGAAGGCACAUGCUCUUCUCCUUAGCUUGCCAACAACGGCCCUGCUACCACAUUUGAUCCCUCUGCGCUAGUCUCCUUAAGUGAUUUAUACUGGGCCUUUGUAACUUCAGCCAGUGGUGGUUGCUCUUCUGCCAUCCUCACCAGGAGCGAUGCAGGAUGCAGGCACUGCUGCGGGGGUGGUGGUCAAGGACCUGGUGCUGCUGGGGGGCGGUCACAGCCACGUGCACGUCCUGAAGAGCUUCGCCAUGCAGCCCCUGCCCGGCGUGCGCCUCACGCUCAUCACCCGCGACGUGCACACCCCCUACAGCGGCAUGCUCCCCGGCUACGUCGCAGGUCACUAUGAGUACGAUGACUGCCACGUGGACCUGCGCCCCCUGGCCCGCCUCGCUGCAGCGCGCCUGCUCCAUUGUACUGCCACCAGCCUGGACCGCGACUCCCGCCUCGUGCACCUUCAGGGGCGGCCCCCCAUCCCCUAUGACGUUCUCUCCAUUGACAUUGGCAUCACGCCGCUGCAGGACGUGCCCGGCAGCAGCGAGCACACCACGGCGGUGAAGCCCAUUGACUCCUUCACAGCGCGCUGGGCGGAUCUGGCGGAGCGUGUGGUGGCGUCGGCGGAGGCGCUGUGCGUGGCGGUGGUGGGCGGCGGGGCGGGCGGCGUGGAGCUGUGCCUGGCCAUGCAGCACGCGCUGCAGCAGCGGCUGCGCCAAGCGGGCAAGGACCCGGGGCGGGUCACCUUCCGCCUGCACACGCGCGGCCGCCUCCUCGCGCAGCACCCCCCCAGAGUGGGGCGCAUCUUUGCCAGGAUCCUCAAAGAGCGAGGUGUGGCGGUGGUGGAUGGUGGCGUGGCUGCGGUGCGCGCGGGCGAGCUGGAGCUGGUAGGGGGGGCCGUGCUGCCCUUCUCCGAGUGCAUCUGGUGCACGCAGGGCGGCGCGCAGCCCUGGCUGCACAAGACGGGGCUCGCGCUGGACGCGGCCGGCUUCAUCGACGUGGACGCCACGUUGCGCUCCACCAACGACCCCGCCGUCUUUGCCGCGGGGGACAUCCACAGCAGCAAGCAGUACCCGCGCCCCAAAGCGGGCGUCUACGCCGUGCGCCAGGGCCCUCCGUUGGCGGCCAACCUGCGGCGGAGCCUGCUGGGCCAGCCGCUCCGCCCGUUUGUGCCCCAGAGCACGGCGCUGGCCAUCAUCAGCACGGGCAACAAGUACGCCGUCGCCUCCAAAGGCGGCUUCGCGCUCGAGGGCGCCUGGCUCUGGCCCAUCAAGGACUGGAUCGACCGCCGUUGGAUGGCCCUCUACUCGCACCUCCCCCCAAUGGCGCUGCCCGCCCCGUCCCCCUCUGAGGUGGCCUCUGCUGCGGGGCCUGCUGCGGUGGCGGCCGUGGGUGCGGCGCGCAUGCGGUGCGGGGGAUGCGGAGCCAAGGUGGGCGCGCCCGUGCUGCAGCGCGUGCUUGCCCGCCUGGACGCGCCCACGCGGCCCGAGGUGGUGGUGGGCCUGGGCGACGACGCGGCGGUGGUGCGGCUGCCGCCCGGCACCGUGGGCGUGCACACGGUGGACGUGCUGCGGGCCCUGGUCGACGACGAGUACACCUUUGGCGCCAUCGCCGCCAACCACGCGCUGGGCGAUUGUUACGCCAUGGGCGCGCAGCCGCUCUCCGCCCUCGCCAUCGCCACCCUCCCCUACGGCCUCGACUCCAAGGUGGAGGCGGACCUGUUCCAGCUCAUGGCGGGCGCGGCCAGCGUGUUGCGCACUGCGGAGUGCGCGCUCGUGGGCGGCCACACCAGCGAGGGCGCCGACCUGGCUCUCGGCUUUGCGGUGCACGGCGCGGUGGCGGAGGCGGCCGUGCUGCGUAAGGGCGGCCUGCAGCCCGGGGACCGCCUGCUGCUGACCAAGGCCGUUGGCACGGGCGCGCUGUUUGCGGCGGACAUGCGCGGCCAGUGCGCGGGGCGCGACGUGGACACCGCCGUAGCCUCCAUGCUGCAGUCCAGCAGGGAGGCGGCGGCCGCGCUGCGCAGCGCGGGGGCGACGGCCGUCACCGACGUCACCGGCUUCGGCCUCCUGGGCCACCUGGAGGAGAUGGUGCGCGCCUCCGGCGUGGACGUGGCCGUGUCCCUGCCCGCCGUCCCGGUGCUGCCGGGCGCGGCCGCGGCGGUUGCCGCGGGGUACGUCAGCAGCCUGCACGCCAGCAACCAGUACGCAGCGGGCGCAGUCAGCAACCGCGAGGAAGCAGCUCAGCACCCGCUCUUCCCGCUGCUCACGGACCCCCAGACCGCAGGGGGCCUUCUCGCAGGCGUCCCCGCAGCAGCCGCCUCAGAGUGCCUGCAAGCCUUGCACCGUGCGGGAUACACCGAGGCCGCCGAGAUUGGCAGGGUGGUGGAAGGAAGUGGCAGCCCCAUACCUAUUGUCGUCGAGUUGACCCUUGUGCCCGCCAAGAACACCCCUACCAGUGACAAUGAGGGAGGAGGGCCAAGCCAAGCAGUGGCGGGCCCCUAAGCUUGAGAAUGUGGUUCUUGAUCGUUGUCAUCAGCAUGCAGUUCUUACCAGUAGCUACUUGGAUCAGUGUGCCUCCUUACGACUCAAACGAGAAAUGUUGGCCACCUUUCGAAUGACCUCCAAGCCGAGUCGCCUCCAAUUCUGUAUGAUAUGCUAGCGUUAAAUGAUCUUUUGGCCUCAUAUGCUGUGCAAACAAGGAAGUUCUGACAGUUUAAGAAUCAAAGAGUUAUCUAGUGGGCUGGGCACUAAGCUGUGAUGUUCCGGAAAGCUCUUAUAUGGUCUUAGACAGUUGAAAGCGGUCCAUACCACGAACUUUCAUUUGCGAGUGAAGUUUGGCGGAAUAGCCUUAAAUCUAAUCCAGACUUCUUUGUGAAACCUUUUGAAUGUAUG